UGGGGGUAGUGACCUCCCGUUUCUGAGCCCGAGGAAGCCUCUUAAUUGCAGCUUCGGGGCUAUGGGGAGCCUGGGUCGAGUCAUGCAGUCACCUCGUCUGGCCUCUUCGCUCACCCCUCCGUUUGGCUAUCGCGCCUGACCGCCCCCCUCCCACCCCACCCCCCCCAAGACACCUGGGCGCAGACCGCAGUCAGUAAGCAGAAACGCCGCCUGAUCUCGUCCUGGACGCCAGCACUUAGAAUGGAGUCCAGGUUGCACGCCAGCCUGUCAACACCGCCACAAGCGGAAGUGCGUGUCGGCGGGAUCAUGGCGACUUUGGCGGACCUGCCGGACUCAGUCCUGUUAGAGAUCUUCUCUUACCUCCCGGUCCGGGAUCGAAUUCGCAUCUCCAGGGUUUGUCACCGCUGGAAGAGGCUGGUGGACGACCGGUGGCUCUGGCGACACGUCGACCUGACUCUGUACACGAUGCGGCCUAAAGUCAUGUGGCACCUCCUUCGCCGCUAUAUGGCAUCCCGGCUCCGUUCCCUGCGGGUGGGCGGCUACCUGUUCUCAGGCUCCCAGGCCCCCCGGCUGUCCCCUGCCUUGAUGAGGGCCCUGGGCCAGAAGUGCCCUAACCUGAAGCGUCUCUGCCUGCACGUGGCCGACCUGAGCAUGGUGCCCAUCACCAGCCUGCCCUGCACCCUGAGGACCCUGGAGCUGCACAGCUGCGAGAUCUCCAUGGCCUGGCUCCUCAAGGAGCAGGACCCCACCGUGCUGCCCUUGCUCGAGUGCAUCGUGCUGGACCGGGUCCCUGCCUUCCGUGAUGAGCACCUGCAGGGCCUGACGCGCUUCCGCGCCCUGCGGUCGCUGGUGCUGGGCGGUACCUACCGAGUGACCGAGACAGGGCUGGAUGCGGGCCUCCAGGAGCUGGGCUACCUGCAGAGGCUGGAGGUGCUGGGCUGCACCCUCUCAGCUGACAGCACCCUCCUGGCCGUCAGUCGCCACCUCCGAGAUGUGCGGAAGAUCCGGCUGACCGUGAGGGGCCUCUCUGCCCCCGGCCUGUCCGUCUUGGAGGGCAUGCCAGCCCUGGAGAGUCUGUGCUUGCUGGGCCCUCUCAUCACCCCAGAAAUGCCUUCCCCGGCUGAAAUCCUCUCUUCCUGCCUCGCCAUGCCCAAGCUCAGGGUCCUUGAGCUGCAGGGGCUGGGGUGGGAGGAUCAGGAGGCCGAGAGGAUCCUGUGUAAGGGGCUGCCCCACUGUAUGGUCAUCGUCAGGGCCUGCCCCAAAGAGUCCAUGGACUGGUGGAUGUGACUGCACCACCCAUCCAUGUUGGCUUUCAUGGGUGAGCCCCAGACCCUCUGGACAGCACCUUGCAGAGGGCCCAUAACCAGGUUGAGAGAGCCCAAAGCCACAAGGUAGAACGAAGGCCUUGGGGCCUCCGGACAGUUGGAAUCCCUGUUUGCCAGUUGUUUGGCCUCUGUGACAUCAGCCAGCUUCUCGGAGGGCCUAUCCCCACAUCUGCAAGUGGGGAAGAUCAUAGCUACCUCAUGGUUAUGUCGCAAAGCCUUACUCUUUACCAGCCCCUGGGCCAAAAAGGUCCUCGACGAUGGGUCAUUCUCAGGAACAGAAUGGAUACAGCAGGGUGGGGUUAAGAGUUAGGGGGAGCUGAGGGCCAGGGCCCCUUUAGGAGGCCUGGCAAGACUAUCUAUGCAUGUGCACCCCCACGCUGACACACCAUUGAUACACGAGGGAUGCGAUGAGAAAGCCCAGGAAGACUUCUGCUUUGACGAUUGAAAGUGUCAGUGAAGGUUCUCAGUUGUACUUUCGGUAUUUUGGUAUUCUAUAUUUUCAAAUUUUUCCACAAUAUAUAUUAUUUUGCUAUUAAAGAAAAAUAAUUUUUUUUCCC